CUAACACAUUGACUUAACCAAAAGAAAAACAAAUUGAAGGAUGGAAAGUGGAGACAAAUCAAAUCUUGAAUUUUCUCUUAUUCAAAACCAAGAACUUGUUGAUGAUGAUGAGGAAUUAUCUGAAAGGGGAAGUUAUUGUUGGAAAGGGGAAUUUCUUGAGGAAGCAACGAAGCAAAUUUGGGUAGCAGGGCCUCUCAUAGCAGUUAGCAUGCUUCAGUAUUGCUUACAAGUGAUCUCAAUUAUGUUUGUCGGGCAUCUCGGCGAGCUUCCUCUUUCUAGUGCUUCCGUGGCCUCUUCUUUUGCUUCCGUGACCGGCUUUAGCGUAUUGUUAGGAAUGGGAAGUGCCUUAGAAACACUUUGUGGACAAGCCUAUGGAGCUAAACAAUACCACAUGCUUGGUAUUCACACACAAAGAGCAAUGCAAAUCCUUUUUUCUCUGACCAUUCCUCUUGCAAUCAUAUGGUUUUACACUAGUUCUAUCCUUAUAUUUCUUGGUCAAGAUCAUGAUAUUUCCAUAGGAGCGGGAACAUUCAACCGAUCGAUGAUUCCCGCCCUUUUUGCCUAUAGCUUGCUGCAAUGUCUAAAUAAGUUUAUACAAGCACAAAACGAUAUUGUUCCGAUGAUGGUCACCUCUGCAAUCACAGCUUCUUUGCAUAUACUUGUGUGUUGGGUUCUUGUUUUCAAAUCAGCAUUUGGAAGCAUAGGAGCUGCCUUGGCAAUUACGGUUUCGUAUUGGAUUAAUGUGGUUUUAUUGGCAUUGUAUAUACAAUUCUCCUCGGCUUGCUUAAAGACUUGGACUGGCUUCUCAAAGGAGGCAUUGCAUGAUAUCAUUAGCUUUGUGAAACUCGCAAUUCCUUCUGCAAUCAUGAUAUGCUUGGAGUAUUGGUCAUUUGAAAUGGUGGUACUCUUGUCUGGCCUUCUUCCAAACCCCAAAUUAGAGACAUCUGUGUUAUCAAUAAGCCUGAACACAUGUUGGAUGGUCUAUAUGAUAUCAGUUGGCCUUGGUGGCGCAAUAAAGUCAGUUGAUCAAUCCAUUUUGGACAAUUUUUUAUUUUCACUUAUCUAA